AUGGAGAAAUCAAAAGAUACAGCAUUGGUUGGACAACGCCUAUUUGUGCUCAAGAAAUGGAAUGCAUUGGCGAUGUGGACUUGGGAUGUGGAAUGUGACAUUUGUGCGAUAUGUCGAGUCCAAUUAAUGGAUUCUUGUUUACGAUGCCAAUCAGAAAAUAAACAAGAUGAUUGUGUUGUAGUAUGGGGCGAAUGCAAUCAUUCGUUUCACAAUUGCUGUAUGGCUUUAUGGGUAAAGCAGAACAAUCGUUGCCCUCUCUGUCAGCAGGAUUGGCAAGUGCAAAGAACGGGUCACUGA